UAGUGGUAAACUAUAAUGAGGAUAAAUACAUAGGCCUUCUUUACAGAUUUGCAGGUGGAACCACCAACAACGUCAGCGGCGGCGGUCAGUUUCCCUCGGCCACCAUGAGCAGGCUGCAGGUUCUGGCUGACCGCGCCUUCGAGCUGGACUCGCACAGCACGGGUCCCGGACCCUCGUUCGUGAUCGAGGCGCAGGAGCCCGAGCGCACCGACGAGCCCCGGACUCGGGCUGCGGCCGCGGCGGCCGCCAGCCGGUACCGCCACAACUCCCGGCUCAUGGCCGUUCUGCUGAUGGACGACCGUGUGGUCGAAGGCCCCGCCCUUCAGGACUGGUCGAAGGUGUAUCGAAAGCGUCUUCAACAGCGCAUGCGCAUCGAGGAGCAGCUGCGCGCCAUGAGAGAAGAGACGCGCGUGAUGCAAGCGGCGCAGGCGGCCAAGAGGCGUCAGUUGCUGAAGGACUCGGAGAAGUUCCGCGCAGACCUGCUCAAGUGCUACCAGAAGGAGCACCUGCUACAGGUUGCUCGCACUAUGAAGGUCCAGGGUCGAGCUGGACAAUCGACCGUGCCAAGCAACUGCAAGACGGCCUUCCGCCUCAAGUGCGUCCGUUAGCUUGGUCGUCGUAUACGCUACGAAGCCUU